AUGUGGUCGCCACGUCAGCGGGGCUGGUGCCACGGCACUGCCGUGGCUCUGGUGGUGCUUGUGGCGAUGGGGCGACCAUGGGCCGGUGCAAGCGGACAUGCUCUGCCGAAUCCUUUUGAUCCAGACGUGGUCACCAUUAUGACGGCCGAUCGCGAGCGUUAUCGCUGCCAGCUGCCACAGCGGAAGGUAGUGGAGAAUGUUGGCGAUAUGUCAUCUUCCGAAAGCCAAGACUUGCUUGUGGGCUCGGAUGCUGCUCAUCCGGCUCAGCUGCUGAGCGUUUUUGGGGAUACUUGCGUGUAUCGACUCGAGCCCUACUGGACCUACGAGUUUUGUUUCGGCAAGCACGUACGGCAAUACCACGAAGAGACGUACACAAGCGGCCAAAAGAAGAAGCUCAAGGUCACAGAAUACUUUCUCGGGCGUGCGCCAACGCAGGCACCGCUGAGUGAGCCUCCCGUCUCUGGAACGAUGCUUGUUGAGGACGACAAGAGCAAGUACUAUAGCGAGGAAUAUGGCCACGGCGAUACCUGCGACCUGACGGGCGAGCCCCGCGUCACUGAGGUCCGCUUUGUGUGCAACCCAGAACAGACACACGUGUUUCUGGAGCUAUCCGAAACAACCACUUGCCGGUACCAAGCUCUGAUUGCGACGUCGCAUCUCUGCGAUCACGCUGACUUUGUUGAGCUCGAGGCACCCGUUUCCCCGAUUCAUUGCGUGCCCGAGCCGGACUCUCCAGAGCAACCUGUGGCGCUGCAACACAUGAUGGCACAAGAGCAAUCGUACCGCGAGGAGGCCAUGCUGCGCGUGAGCCAAGAGCGAGAGGCUGCAAUGCGACAACAUCAACAUCUGCGCCGUGCUGCACUUGCAGCUGCUGCGGCAAGUGCUGAAGAAGAAGAAGAAGAGGAAGAUCAUGGUGAUGGCGAGGAAAGCCGUGAGGCUUCAGGUCGCCGCCCACAGUUGCCAUCCUCCGAGGAGUCGCCAUUCAAGCGUCGCGCCUCCUCGCGCCGCAAGCCGUCGGAGGAGGCAAGCGAAUCAAACCGCCCACCCUCUAGCAAGCCCUACGACCCUAAUUUGAUGAAAAAGCUAGUCCGGGGAAGUAGCUGCUAUCAUGGAGGUGGCAGUGGCUGGUGGCGCUUUGAAUUUUGUCCCUUGCGCCAUGUCCGCCAAUACCACGCUCAUCAGGAUGGGCGCAAAGACUACAUCGUUCUGGGGACGUGGGAUGAGCGGGGUCAUGUGUUGGAAUGGAAUGACCGCCAGCCCACUACCAGCAAACGGCGCAUGUUCACCCACUAUUACAUGGACGGCGACAUCUGCGAGCUCACAAAUAGCCCACGUCGGGUGGAUAUUCGAUUCGUCUGCUCUGCGACAAUGGACAAGGGAUCAGUGGUGCUGGCACUGGAAGAGCGCAAGACUUGUGAGUACUUGCUGACAGUGCGAUCUGAGGCCGUUUGUGAGAUGAUGCCGUUGCUGGAUGAGCACGACAUUCCACGCUUGCCGGCCCAUUGA